AUGACCGGCUCGUCCAAGAUCCUCGUCGUCCUCACCUCCCACGACAAGCUCGGUGACACCGGCAAGCCAACCGGCUGGUACCUCUCCGAGCUCGCCCACCCGUACGACAUCCUCAUAACCCUGGGCUUCGGCCUGACCCUGGCCUCCCCCAAGGGCGGCCCGGCCCCUCUGGACCCCUCCUCCAUCGAAGCCGCAAAGUCGGCCAACGACGCCACCUCCGCGUCCUUCCUGGCCGAGAAGCCGGCGCCGUGGGAGUCCACUGCCCCGCUGUCCUCCUUCCUCGGCCGCGCUAGCGAGUUCGAUGCCAUCUUCUUCCCCGGCGGCCACGGCCCCAUGUUUGACUUGGCCACGGACUCAACCUCGCAGGCUCUCAUCCGGGAGUUUGUCGAUGCGGGCAAAGUGGUGGCGGCCGUUUGCCAUGGGCCGGCGGCGCUGGUUGGGGUGAGGGAGUUGUUGAAGGGGAAGCGGGUGACGGGGUUUUCAAAUGAUGAAGAGAGGGCGGUUGGGCUGGAUGGAGCUAUGCCGUUCUUGUUGGAGGAUCGGUUGUGGGAGGCUGUGGGGCAAGAGGGGGGCUAUGAGAAGGCUACGGAGCCGUGGGGGGAGAAGGUGGUGGUGGAUGGGAAGCUGAUCACGGGGCAGAAUCCGGCGAGUGCGAAGGGGGUGGGCGAGGCGAUCGUUAAGGCCGUGCGUGGAGGCUGA